GAUAGAGAAAAAGAGAGAUAGAAUAGAGAGAGAGAGAGAGAGAGAGAGAGAGAGAGGCGGAGGGAGCAGUGUGUGUGUGUGUAUCGGUAUAUGAGUGUGAGAGAAAUCCCGGAGCGGCGGUUGGUGAUUAGUGUGUGUUGUUUUAUUUUAAAUAUCCGCCGCUGCUGGAGCUCUUCACCGCCGCCGCCGCUUUAACCGGCCGCCCGGAGGAGCCGUUACGAGGCGGGGGAGAGGAGCCGUGUUUCGGGGGUGGUGUCGGUAAUGCCGUCCUAGUCCAGCCUGGUACCGAGACCGUUUAUCAACCGAGCGGCGAGGAGAGCGGAGUGAGCUGAGCGCAGGCUGAGGAGGGAGAGAGAUGUGUAGCGUUACUCAGGUUAUGAGCGGCGCCCCUUGAGCUUGGUGAUUCGCAGCCCCAGACAAGCCAAUGAGAGGAUGGCCAGAAGUCACAUGAUCUGCAAAGCCUCUAUCCAGCUGCUUGUGCUGAAUCUACUGAGUGUGCUGCAGCUCUCAUACACUCAGAGUCCUCCACGAUUUACACGGACACCCACCGACCAGACGGGUGUACAGGGGGGCGUGGCCUCCUUUGUGUGCCAAGCGACGGGAGAUCCACAGCCCAGAAUCUCCUGGAGCAGAAAAGGCAAAAAAGUCACCAAUCAGAGAUUUGAGGUAAUUGACUUUGAGGAUGGCUCUGGCUCAGUGUUGCGAGUCCAGCCCCUGCGGACUCCUCGUGACGAGGCCGUCUACGAGUGUGUGGCGUCUAAUGAGGCCGGAGAGAUCAGUGCUUCUACCCGCCUCACUGUCCUCCGCGAGGACCAGCUCCCUACUGGGUUCCCGUCUAUAGAUAUGGGCCCCCAGCUGAAGGUGGUGGAGCGCUCUCGCACGGCCACCAUGCUGUGUGCGGCCAGCGGCGCUCCAGACCCAGAGAUCACAUGGUUCAAAGACUUCCUUCCCAUCGACACACACAUUCACGGGCGUAUCAAACAGCUGCGCUCAGGGGGUACACCAAUCAGAGGUGCACUACAGAUUGAUCGCAGUGAAGAAACUGACCAAGGGAAGUAUGAAUGUGUCGCCACAAACAGUGAUGGAACGCGCUACUCGACUCCCGCCAAUCUCUAUGUCAGAGUGAGGCGGGUCCCUCCUCGCUUCUCAGUUCCCCCUAUGGAUUAUGAAAUCAUGCCAGGGGGAGGGGUGAACAUCACGUGCCAGGCAGUAGGCGUGCCUAUGCCCUAUGUGAAGUGGAUGCUGGGAACUGAGGAUUUGACCCCAGAGGAUGACAUGCCCAUUGGGAAGAAUGUUCUGGAGCUCACAGAUGUUCGCCAGUCAGCCAACUACACCUGUGUGGCCAUGUCCACUCUUGGAGUUAUUGAAACUGUCGCACAGAUCACCGUCAAAGCUCUCCCUAACCCUCCAGGAGCUCCAGUCAUAAUGGAGCGCUCUGCCACCAGUAUAACCCUGAUGUGGGACAGUGGAAACCCACUCCCUGUUUCCUACUACAUCAUCCAGCACCGCCCCACCUCUUCCCGCGACCCGUUUAAAGAGAUCGACGCUGUGGCUACGACCCGCUACAGUGUUGGAGGGCUCAGCCCCUACUCCUAUUAUCAGUUCCGAGUGAUAGCGGUAAAUUCCAUCGGCCGUGGACCCCCCAGUCCAACAGUGGAGGCUCGGACAGCCGAACAGGCCCCCAGCUCGCCGCCACGCAGGGUCAGAGGCCGGAUGCUCAGCGUAUCCACCGCCAUGGUACAGUGGGAGGAACCCGAGGAGGCCAACGGACAGGUGGUCGGCUACAGGGUGUACUACACGUCAGAUUCAUCACUGCCUGUUAGCCAGUGGGAAAAGGAGAUGGUCCGCGGGGCAAAUUUCCUAACCAUCCAGGACCUGACUCCAAACAAGACCUAUUACAUCAGAGUGCUGGCCUUUACUGCUGUCGGAGACGGGCCUCUCUCCAGUGAUCUGCAUAUCAUUGCCAAAACAGGAGUUCCUUCUCAACCCACUGAGCUGAAGGCGGAGGUGAAGUCAGAGACGAGCGUUCUGCUUUCCUGGUUUCCUCCAGCUCACAGCGGCACUGAUGCUAUCACUGGAUACGAACUUAUAUACAGGCUCGGAGACCAGCCAGAAGAGAAAAUCAACUUUGAUCCAAGCUCCAGUUACCUGCUGAAGAACCUAAAGCCGUUCUCCACCUACACCUUCCAGCUGGCAGCUCGCAGUAAACACGGCGUGGGGGCUUUCACCGGGGAGGUCACCGUACAGACCCCUCAAACACAACCCAUCCCCCCUCCCCAGGAAGUGACAUGCAUAAGCCCCUCCCCCAACAGCCUGUUGAUAACCUGGUCUCCGCCCCCUGCGGACGAGAACAAUGGGAUUGUAACGGGUUAUUCCAUCCGAUACGCUGCCACGGAGCGAGACAAACAUCAGGUGCAGCACAUAACCAACAUCCCACCGGACUGUUUCCGCUACCGGGUGGAAGGAUUGAGGAAGUGGACUCUCUACGCAGUGACAGUAGCUGCUCACACGGAGGCGGGGCAAGGACCCGAGAGCCUGCCCCUAUUGGUCCGCACUCAGGAGGACGUGCCUGGUGCUCCGCCACGGGGCGUUGAUGCGGUGGUCCUAAACUCAACCGCCGCUCAAGUGUCAUGGAAAGCUCCUGUUGCCGAGCGACAGCACGGAAAGAUCCGCGGUUACCAGGUGACAUACAUGAGACGUGCGUCCGGGGAGAGAACCGGUUCUCCGAGAAUCAAAGAGCUCCUGCUGAGAGAUUCUCAGACGCAGAAUGAUUCAACACAAUAUGAGCUCAUUCUGUCAGAUCUUUGGCCAAACACUGAGUACUCUUUGGCAGUGGCUGCGUUCACCUCUAAAGGAGAUGGAGCUCGUAGCAAAACCAUCGUCAUCAGGACUAAACCUGCACUGCCAGAUGCCCCGACGUUGACGGUCAGUGUGAUGUCAGCCAGCACCGCUCUGUUAAGUUGGCUGCCGCCCCCUACUGGCCUGUCGCCAGUCCUGGGCUACCGUCUUUCUUACGGACAGGCAGAGAAUCUCUCAGACUCCUUCACUGCAGUGGAACUAGAGGCAGACGAGCGGAACUACACCGCUUUAUCUCUGAGCGCCGAGACCCGAUAUCUGUUCCGCCUCACCGCUCGUGGAGCGUGGGGUAACGGCCCGUAUGCAGAGGCCGUAAUCGAUACUCCCGAGGCCACGCCCACCACAGGGAGGUCCACGGGGACAACAGAGUCAGCACCCGCUGGCUUUUUACUCAACCUAACAGCCAGCAGCGUAGGCUCAACAUCCCUCAGUCUGCGCUGGGAGGAGCCCCGAAACACGGGGCCGGUUCAGGGUUACCGCGUGUGGUACGCACUCACCUAUAGUAACGGGACAGACAUUGCUAAGGUGGCUGAGGUGGCAGAACCAGCCGUGGUUCUGACGGAGCUGAAAGCAGAUACUGAGUAUGUGGUCAGAGUGUGUGUGGUAAACGAGGACGGCCCAGGGCCCUAUAGUCCCCCUUUAUAUACUAGAACACAACCACUCGAAAAAGUGUUUGCAGUCAACUUUCGUGUGAAAGCUGCUAUGAAGAGUUCAGUGCUGCUAGCCUGGGAGCCACGAACGUCCCAGAAUAAAGCCCACACUUUUAUCAUCACUUAUGGAGAUAGCCAGACGGUUGAGGUGGACGGUAGAGUUGGACAGAAGCUGGUGACUAAACUAAAACCUCAGUCCCUCUACACCUUACUCUUAACCAACAAAGCUGAUGUUACUGGGGGUCUUCAGCACCGUGCCGAGGCCAUGACUGCUCCGAAUCUGAUGCCCAGCAAACCGCAGCUCCUGGAAAAGACCAGUGCCCAGAGCACAGCCAUGCUGCAGCUGCCCUCGGUGGAGGGUCAAGCUAACGUCAGGGGUUUUUACAUAGUUGUUGUCCCACUGAAGAGGCAAAGAGGAGGAAACUUCCAGAAUCCUUGGAGUGAUCCAGAUGAAAUUAAUCUAGAUGAGCUGUUGAAGGAGAUCAAUGGCACAGGCCGAUCGGUUCGUCUGCGGAGGCAGGCCGAGCUGAAACCGUACAUCAGCGCUCACUUCCAGAACCUUCCCUCAGAAUUUAAGCUGGGAGAUGGACGAGUGUACGGAGCAUUCCUGAACCGACCUCUGCUCAACGGGCAGGAGUACGUCUGCUUUGUGCUGGCUAUCUUGGAACUUGGACAGAAUACCGUGUACUCAACCAGUCUGUUCUCUGACUCCGUGGUCUUCUCUGAUGUUGAGCCUCAGCCCAUCGUAGAUGAAGAGGAGGGUCUUCUCUGGGUAGUCGGGCCAGUACUGGCAGUCAUCUUCAUCAUUAGCAUCGUCAUCCUCAUUCUCCUCUUUAAAAGCAAACCUGACAGGAAGCGGGCAGAGCUAGAGGGCAGGAAGUGUAGCUUCCCCAGCAGCAGUAAAGCAAUGAGCUCCCAGCAUCCCUCUGACCCUGUGGAGCUCCGCAGAAUCAAUUUCCCAACUCCUGGUAUGGCUAGUCAUCCACCAGUUGCUAUCUCAGAGCUGCCCAAUUAUAUUGAGAGGAUGAAAGCCAAUGAGAAUCUUCGAUUUUCUCAGGAGUACGAGUCUAUUGACCCCGGACAGCAGUUCUCGUGGGAGCACUCAAACCUGGAGAUUAACAAACCAAAGAACCGCUAUGCUAAUGUCAUCGCCUACGACCACACCAGAGUAGUGCUCUCCAACAAUGACGGUCAGCCAGGCAGCGAUUACAUCAAUGCCAAUUUUAUUGAUGGUUACCGGCGUCAGGGAGCGUAUAUUGCUACCCAAGGGCCAAUGCCUGAGACCAUCAGCGACUUCUGGAGGAUGGUGUGGGAGCAGCACACGGCUAAUAUCAUUAUGAUCACCAAACUAGAGGAAAAAUCGAGGAACAAGUGUGAUCAAUACUGGCCCAGCAGAGGCACAGAAACCUAUGGCCUCAUGCAGGUCUCUGUGCUGGAUACUGUGGAGCUCGCCACGUACUGCGUCAGGACCUUCGCUCUCUUUAAGAGUGGUUGCAGCGAGAGGCGUGAGGUUCGGCAGUUUCAGUUCACAGCCUGGCCCGACCACGGUGUACCCGAGCACCCGACCCCUUUCCUGGCCUUCCUACGUCGAGUUAAAGCGUGCAACCCUCCAGAUGCCGGGCCCAUUGUGGUUCACUGCAGUGCUGGAGUGGGUCGUACAGGCUGCUUCAUUGUAAUUGACGGCAUGCUGGAGCGGGUGAAGCAGGAGAAGACGAUCGACGUGUACGGCCACGUGACCCUGAUGCGCUCGCAGCGGAACUACAUGGUGCAGACCGAGGAGCAGUACGUCUUCAUUUAUGACGCGCUGAUGGAAGCAGUCACCUGUGGCAACACUGAAGUUCCUGCACGGAAUCUGUACGCCUACAUUCAGAGGCUCACACAGGCCGAGCCCCCGGAUAACAUCAGCGGCAUGGAGCAGGAGUUUAAAAGAUUAGCCAAUGCGAGGGCACACAACUCUCGAUUUGUGAGUGCCAACCUACCCUGCAAUAAAUUUAAAAACAGACUGGUAAAUAUCAUGCCCUAUGAAACCACACGAGUGAGUCUACAGCCAAUUCGAGGAGUGGAGGGAUCAGACUACGUCAAUGCCAGCUUUAUAGACGGAUAUAGGCAGCAGAGGGCAUAUAUAGCGACGCAGGGUCCUCUGGCUGAGACGGCUGAAGACUACUGGAGGAUGCUCUGGGAACAUAACUCUACUAUUGUGGUCAUGCUCACUAAACUUAGAGAGAUGGGAAGGGAGAAGUGCCAUCAAUACUGGCCAUCAGAGAGGUCAGCUCGCUAUCAGUAUUUUGUGGUGGAUCCCAUGGCGGAGUACAACAUGCCCCAGUACAUCCUGAGGGAGUUUAAAGUGACUGAUGCUAGAGACGGCCAGUCCCGAACUGUUAGGCAGUUCCAGUUCACUGACUGGCCGGAGCAGGGUGUGCCAAAGUCUGGAGAAGGCUUCAUUGAUUUCAUUGGUCAAGUGCACAAAACAAAAGAGCAGUUUGGUCAGGAUGGACCAAUCACAGUACACUGCAGUGCUGGUGUUGGCAGGACGGGUGUUUUUAUCACUUUGAGUAUAGUGUUAGAGAGGAUGCGUUACGAAGGAGUGGUCGACAUCUUCCAAACUGUCAAAAUGCUGCGAACACAGAGACCAGCCAUGGUGCAGACAGAGGAGCAGUACCAGUUUUGCUACCGUGCAGCACUGGAGUACCUGGGCAGUUUUGAUCACUAUGCAACAUAAGCUUUCCAGUCUCUCUGGACCAGCAGGCCAUGUCCUUUCUUAUUAUCUCCUGUACUGAGUCACUGUCUCCCAGCGCCACUCUGUUUACACUGUCCCAAGCUGUAUUAUUGAGUGACCAACGUACUGAUUCAUUCAGUAUAAGGCUACAUCGAUUAGAGGCUAAAGGCUUUGGGCUACGUUAAGCUCAAACAUGUCUUUUGCUUUAGUUGGAAAGUAUUCAGUCUGGCUUGAUUACAGACACUGUAUACAAAGCACAUGGGAGACAAGUGAUCCAAACAAAUAGAAAUGUUUGUUUUAUCACACUAAAACUGUUUUUAUCAGUGAUUAUCAAAGAUACAGUGGGUGUUUUUUUCUGAAUGGAUUUUGCCACUGAUUAAUGUCACCAAUUGUAAAGUGGACAACACUGAGUCACUUGUGUCUGUGACUGAAAAGAGAUUAGGACUAAUACCUAAUCGCUGAAGUUCAAGUUCAGCUUACAGAGCACACAAAACACACUGAAAUACUAUUUAUAUAUAAAUAAAGGGGGGAAUCAGCAAUUAUCAGAAUUAUCUGAAAUGCUGUGCAAUACUGAAUAUUAUAUAUGAGUGCACCUUGAAUUUUAAUGGAAAGCACCAAGACUGGUUGAUCCACAAUGUAAUUAUUAUAUUGUCUGUUGAAUCAUCUAUUAUAUUGAAGUAUAAAAACUAAAUACAAUUCUAUAAAAUUAUAAAUAUAGAUAUAGAUAUAUAUAAACAGUAUUCCUAUAUAUUAUCACAUACAAGUUUGUUUUGGGUGGUGUUUAACUUGAAAUGUGAAAUGUGAAGUAUGGCACUGAUUUGUGCACAAAUGUCAAACAAAGAAAACCAUCAAUAGAAAAAGAAGAUUUUUUGCUACACUUUACCAGACACUACGUUUUGAAGCUCACCUUAUAAAAAAAAACGAAACGGUGACUUGUUCAAUACAAAACCACAAAUGAUCGUUCAGUAGUAGUGCCUUAUCAUAGUUUUAAAUGUUUUAAAUGAUUCACUUCUGUGUAUGAAUUCCUGCAUUUUACUUUCCAAACAACACUUUAUACUGGAUAAAAUGUGAUUAAUUACAUGUGCCACAGGAAAUUUUAAUAUUGCCUGAAAAAAACAGACAAGCAUUAUUUCCUCACUUUGACACACACACAAUAUUGUUUUUUUUUGUUUGUUUUUUUUACGAAGCCAUAUUUAUCAACCCAAAUUGAUGCUGCCAAGGCCUUUAGGAAUUGUUAUAACUUACUACAGUAUAUGCAUGCACAUGUUUGGAAGGACUUGAUAUAUAUUUGCCCCAAUUCAUGAAUUUUUGAAAAGAUGUAAAAGAAAUCAUUUGUACUUGAUUAUAUUGCAACAGGUUCUAUAUUUUUCUGUUCCCGAAGACUUCCUACACCACCACGGUCCAUCACAAGCAAUUACACUCCAAUUUAGUAAAUAUGAAAUGGUAUUUCUUGUCUUGUAUUUUUUGAAAAUUGUUAUUGUCAAUUCUUUUUUUGCCUUUUGCCGGGGAGUGUGCGGUGUGAAGGCUUGUUCAGAUAGUGAGGUGCUGAUUCAUCCUCUUUUUUUGGGCAUUUGGGCAUUUUCACAUUAAUGCUUGAUGGUUUAAAUAGGAUUCCUGAGGCUUAUUAUUGAGGUGUUCUAUAAAAUAUACAUUGCACUAUACAGUGGUUUCCGAUUUCACAAGGACUGACUAUUCAUCUGUGGCAUGGAUGCUUUGUUUACAAGAAUCAAAUGUUUUUAAAAUCAGUAUGUUAAAAGUAUUAUCAAAUUUGUAUCAUGAUCUCUCAAGGUCAUUUAGGCUAUUAUUUUCACACAGCAGGUAAAAGAGGCCCAAAUCAGAGCUAUUAGGUACAAGGUCCUUAUUGUGUCCUUAUUCUUUUUCAUUUUCCUUCAAUGCUGCAGUCACACCCUGCUGCGAUUGCGUUCGGCCAAGCACGAUUUUUGGAAGAGAGAAAUCAUCACUGCUAUCAUCCAUUUUCACUUCUCCUCACAGCCUGUUUGUCAUGGUUGUAAAAUUAACAUUACUUCCUAACUGUCUAGAGUGUAGACUGAGUCACAUUACCAUAUACUGGACAUGUUUCGGAUUUCAAUAACACAUAUUGAAGUGGCCCAAAUCAGAAUCAGAUAUAAAUCUUAGUUUUUUGUUGUUUACACUGCCAUACACAGAUGACCAAAAAGAUCGGAUUGGAUUUGGACCACUUUUACUUGCUUUUUGAACGUAGUCUUGGGGCGUUUUCACAUCUGCACUUUUUAGUCUGGUUAAAUCGCACUCAUUCUGGUUCCUUUUUAACUCUUCGAGUGGUAAAUAGAGAAAUUGCACUUGAAUGUGAAUCAAUACAACUUCACCGAGACCAGGAGAGGAGGUGGUCUUGGUCUGAUGCCAAAUCAACUCUGGAGCGGAUCAUUUGUGGUGAGAACGUAAUUUGAUCUAGAUCUAACUUCAACCCAACUCUUAGUUGCACUCAUCCACCUUGAGCUGUAGUUUAAUCCAGUUUAUUUCCUAGAUAAUCUGCUGCUGCUCCAUAAUAAAGUGUACAGGAAUACACAGUAGCCCAGUACACAGGACCUUCUCUCUGUAUUUACUUUCUGGCUCCACCUCAGAGAAAGUUCUCACAUGUUGUUUUGGCGCAUUUCGGCGUGCUUGCAUUGUUUUCCCUGAGUGAAAACGAACCAAACAAGGGCCAAAUGCUCCUAGUUUACAAACUUGUUAACUGAUUUAAACCAGAGCAGAACUGCAGAUGUGAAAAUCUUGUACAUCCAGCCUUACACUUGAGAGCAGUAAGAAGUUUAACUCGUGCCAUUUGUGGACUAUCACAAUGCAGAGAUCUGCAGUUUGUCCCUAUUUCACAAAUAGGCCUACACAUUGUUUGCAAGUACGGGGCGCAAGCACCCCAGGAAUCUGAUCAGCUGUAGAUAUGUGAAAUUGUUCUUAGGCUGUGUUCAGACUGCAGGCAAAUCUGAUGUGUUUUAACUUGACUUCUUAACGCUUAUGACAAGUGCUAUCUGAUUUUAGUGUCCAGAAAAAGACACAUACAAAUUUUAAAACCAGCUCCAAAUGUAGUUUGGAUUUCCUGUAGGCUGUUCACACUAUUAAAAGUUAAUCUGAAUACAAUCUAGAUAUGCCCCAAACCAGAUUUGGGCUGGCAGUCUGAACAUAACCUUGGUGUCUUUGUUCUCGACAGUGGCCAUGACGUUCUCCACACUAGGGAGCAGCCCAUUCGGUGUUUUGGAAAUGACUGCACUCUUGUUCUAUGCACUAACCCUUAUGAAUUCUUCAGCACGGAAUGUUCUUGAUGCCGUCUGAGAAGAAUAUCACUGUAUCACUCACAGUGUGUGCAUGUUAAGAUAUAAAAUGAAUAUCUUUUUGGUGUCAAAGAUUAAAGAGAAUAUACACUUGUAGUGUUAGCGUUCAGUGUUUAACAGGAGACAGGAUGGUGUGAUGGUAGUUCUCUCUCUAGUCCUCGGGUCGGGAGCGUCGUAAAUGUUGAAAGCGAGGACGGACCAAGAUUUCUCAAGGAAACCACCUUUUACCAGGAGCCAAAAGUCGGGCUGGUUUUGAUUUUGAAAAUGUUCUUUUGGGCUCCCCUCGUCCUCCCUUACGCUUUGUUCUUUCUGCAUUUGUUGUGUUUCUUGAUAUCUCUGCUGAUGAAAUUAAAUUUCUCUUGAUUGCGAUGAAUUGCAAAAACUCUUACCGUCUACGUUUGAAAUAAGCUCAUUAUUUUAUCAUGGUGAGAUUAUGUUGCGGAUUCUGUUGUUUUUUCUGCUGUUUUUAGUGAUUUUGUUAGCUUGAUUCACUUUUUUCACUUUAAUUGCUGUAUCAGAAAUCUGAGUAAACAUUUGUUUAUUUUUAUUUUAAAUAUGACAUUUUAUGUAGGAACACCAGACAGUUUUUUUUUUUUCAUGUGAGACCAAAUAUGCAUUUUACUUACAUUAUUUUUUUUCUUCACUUUGUCAAAUGCUGAUGUUAGAGUUUCUGCAAUUUUUCCAGUUGGGUAAAGUGA